AUGAGAGCAGAAAGGAAUCCACCUUCAUGUGAUAUUGAUACCCUGGCAAUCCUGUUUCAUCUAAAGAUAGAUCACCUCGGCAAAGGAGAUCUUGGAAAGUUGUACGCUAUCAGCGAAGUGCUGAAGAUGCCAGGUAUUACCAUCGAAGCCUGGCAUAUUCGAAAAGGCCAGGUAAAAUACCAUUGGUGCCAGAGUUUCGGGCACUCUGGAUGUGCAAGGGAACACUUAGCUGACGAAUGCCUUAAUAAAGGCCAGAUGCCCAAAAGCGCG